AUGGUACCCGGCUGGGAUUUGCUGCUGCCCGCAGCCGCUAGUGACACCACGACCGCCAUCAUGUCUGACACAGACAGCGAUGAAGAUUCGGCGGGAGGAGGCCCAUUUUCUCUAGCCGGUUUCCUUUUUGGCAAUAUCAAUGGAGCCGGGCAGCUGGAGGGGGAAAGCGUCUUGGAUGAUGAAUGUAAGAAGCACUUGGCAGGUUUGGGGGCUUUGGGUCUUGGCAGCCUGAUCACUGAACUCACGGCAAAUGAAGAAUUGACUGGGACUGAUGGUGUCCUGGUAAAUGAUGAAGGAUGGAUCAGGAGUACAGAAGAUGCUGUGGACUAUUCCGACAUCAAUGAGGUAGCAGAAGACGAAAGCCGAAGAUAUCAGCAGACAAUGGGGAGCUUGCAGCCUCUUUGCCACUCAGAUUAUGAUGAAGAUGACUAUGAUGCUGACUGUGAAGACAUUGAUUGCAAGUUGAUGCCUCCUCCACCUCCGCCUCCAGGACCAAUGAAGAAGGAUAAAGAUCAGGACGCUAUUACCGGUGUGUCUGAGGAUGGAGAAGGCAUCAUCUUGCCCUCCAUCAUUGCCCCUUCCUCUUUGGCCUCAGAGAAAGUGGACUUCAGUAGUUCCUCUGACUCAGAAUCUGAGAUGGGACCUCAGGAAGCAACACAGGCAGAAUGUGAGGAUGGAAAGCUGACCCUACCAUUGGCCGGGAUUAUGCAGCAUGAUGCCACCAAGCUGUUGCCGAGUGUCACAGAACUUUUCCCGGAAUUUCGGCCUGGGAAGGUGUUACGCUUCCUGCGUCUUUUUGGACCAGGGAAGAAUGUCCCAUCUGUUUGGCGGAGCGCUCGGAGAAAGAGAAAGAAAAAGCACCGUGAGCUGGUACAGGAAGAGCAGACCCAGGAGGUGGAGUGCUCGGUAGAGGCAGAAGUCAGCCAGAAGUCUUUGUGGAACUAUGACUACGCUCCACCACCUCCUCCAGAGCAGUGUCUCUCUGACGACGAAAUUACGAUGAUGGCUCCUGUUGAGUCCAAGUUUUCCCAGUCAACCGGAGAUAUAGAUAAAGUGAUGGAUACCAAACCGAGAGUGGCUGAGUGGCGUUAUGGGCCUGCUCGACUGUGGUAUGAUAUGCUGGGUGUCCCUGAAGAUGGCAGUGGGUUUGAUUAUGGCUUCAAACUGAGAAGGAUGGACCAUGAACCUGUGAUAAAAUGUAGAAUCAUUGAGGACUUCAGGAAACUUGAGGAGAACAGUGGCACUGACCUUCUGGCUGAUGAAAACUUCCUGAUGGUGACGCAGCUGCAUUGGGAGGAUGAUAUCAUCUGGGAUGGGGAGGAUGUCAAACACAAAGGGACAAAACCUCAGCGUGCAAGCCUGGCGGGCUGGCUGCCUUCCAGCAUGACCAGGAAUGCCAUGGCCUACAACGUCCAGCAAGGUUUCGCAGCCACCUUGGAUGAUGACAAGCCUUGGUACUCCAUCUUUCCCAUUGACAGUGAGGAGCUGGUGUAUGGGCGCUGGGAGGACCACAUCAUCUGGGAUGCUCAGGCUAUGCCCCGACUGUUGGAGCCUCCUGUUUUGACACUUGAUCCCAAUGAUGAGAACCUCAUUUUGGAAAUUCCUGAUGAAAAAGAAGAGGCCACCUCUAACUCCCCCUCCAAGGAGAAUAAGAAGGAAUCCUCUCUGAAGAAGAGUCGAAUUCUCUUAGGGAAGACAGGGGUCAUCAAGGAGGAACCACAGCAGAACAUGUCUCAGCCAGAAGUGAAAGAUCCGUGGAAUCUCUCCAAUGAUGAAUAUUACUACCCCAAGCAACAGGGUCUUCGUGGCACCUUUGGAGGAAAUAUUAUCCAGCACUCAAUUCCUGCUGUGGAAUUACGACAGCCCUUCUUUCCUACCCACAUGGGGCCCAUCAAACUUCGGCAGUUCCAUCGCCCACCUCUGAAGAAAUACUCCUUUGGGGCGUUAUCUCAGCCAGGUCCCCACUCAGUCCAGCCCUUGCUAAAGCACAUCAAAAAGAAGGCUAAGAUGAGAGAACAAGAGAGACAAGCGUCUGGUGGCGGAGAGAUGUUUUUUAUGCGCACACCUCAGGACCUCACAGGCAAAGAUGGAGAUCUUAUUCUUGCAGAAUACAGUGAGGAAAAUGGACCGUUGAUGAUGCAGGUUGGCAUGGCAACCAAGAUAAAGAACUACUACAAGCGGAAACCUGGAAAAGAUCCUGGAGCCCCAGACUGUAAAUACGGAGAAACGGUUUACUGCCACACAUCUCCUUUCCUAGGCUCUCUCCAUCCUGGCCAGUUACUGCAGGCCUUUGAGAACAAUCUUUUUCGUGCCCCAAUUUAUCUUCAUAAGAUGCCAGAAACAGACUUCCUUAUCAUUCGGACCAGACAAGGUUACUAUAUUCGAGAAUUAGUGGAUAUUUUUGUGGUUGGCCAGCAGUGCCCCUUGUUUGAAGUUCCUGGGCCCAACUCCAAAAGAGCUAAUACACACAUUCGAGACUUUCUCCAGGUUUUUAUUUACCGCCUCUUCUGGAAGAGUAAAGAUCGGCCACGGCGGAUCCGAAUGGAAGAUAUUAAAAAAGCCUUUCCUUCUCACUCAGAAAGUAGCAUCCGGAAGAGGCUAAAGCUCUGCGCUGACUUCAAACGCACAGGGAUGGACUCAAACUGGUGGGUGCUGAAGUCUGAUUUCCGUUUGCCAACUGAAGAAGAGAUCCGAGCUAUGGUGUCUCCAGAGCAAUGCUGUGCUUACUACAGCAUGAUAGCGGCCGAGCAGCGGCUGAAGGAUGCUGGCUAUGGUGAGAAGUCCUUUUUUGCUCCAGAAGAAGAAAAUGAGGAAGAUUUCCAGAUGAAGAUUGAUGAUGAGGUUCGGACUGCUCCAUGGAACACCACAAGGGCUUUCAUUGCUGCUAUGAAGGGCAAGUGUCUCCUGGAGGUGACUGGGGUUGCAGAUCCUACAGGGUGUGGUGAAGGAUUCUCCUAUGUUAAGAUUCCAAACAAACCAACACAGCAGAAGGAUGAUAAGGAACCUCAGCCUGUGAAGAAGACAGUAACAGGAACAGAUGCAGAUCUCCGUCGCCUUUCUCUGAAAAAUGCCAAGCAGCUUCUACGUAAAUUUGGUGUGCCUGAGGAAGAGAUUAAAAAGUUAUCCCGCUGGGAAGUGAUCGACGUGGUACGCACAAUGUCAACAGAACAGGCCCGCUCCGGAGAGGGGCCCAUGAGUAAAUUUGCCCGUGGAUCAAGGUUUUCUGUGGCUGAGCAUCAAGAGCGUUACAAAGAGGAAUGUCAGCGCAUCUUUGACCUGCAGAACAAAGUUUUGUCAUCGACCGAAGUAUUAUCAACAGACACAGACAGCAGCUCAGCUGAAGACAGUGACUUCGAAGAAAUGGGAAAGAACAUUGAGAACAUGUUGCAGAAUAAGAAAACCAGCUCUCAGCUGUCACGUGAACGGGAGGAGCAGGAGCGAAAGGAACUGCAGCGGAUGCUACUGGCAGCAGGUUCAGCAGCAUCAGGAAACAAUCACAGAGAUGAUGACACAGCUUCUGUGACUAGCCUUAACUCUUCUGCCACCGGGCGUUGUCUCAAGAUUUAUCGCACAUUUCGAGAUGAAGAGGGGAAGGAGUAUGUUCGCUGUGAGACCGUUCGAAAGCCAGCUGUCAUCGAUGCCUACGUGCGCAUACGGACCACAAAAGAUGAGGAAUUCAUUCGAAAGUUUGCCCUUUUUGAUGAACAGCAUCGAGAAGAGAUGAGAAAGGAGCGGCGGAGGAUUCAAGAGCAGCUUAGGCGGCUUAAGCGGAACCAGGAAAAGGAGAAGCUUAAGGGUCCUCCUGAGAAGAAACCCAAAAAAAUGAAGGAGCGUCCUGACCUAAAACUGAAGUGUGGGGCUUGUGGUGCCAUUGGGCACAUGAGGACGAACAAAUUCUGCCCCCUCUACUAUCAAACAAAUGCUCCGCCCUCCAACCCUGUUGCCAUGACAGAGGAGCAGGAGGAAGAGCUGGAAAAGACUGUCAUUCAUAAUGAUAAUGAAGAACUUAUCAAGGUUGAAGGGACCAAGAUUGUCCUGGGGAAACAGCUGAUUGAGAGUGCAGAUGAGGUUCGCAGAAAAUCCCUGGUUCUCAAGUUCCCCAAACAGCAACUUCCUCCCAAGAAGAAACGGCGAGUUGGAACCACUGUUCACUGUGACUACUUAAAUAGACCUCAUAAGUCCAUCCACCGGCGCAGAACAGACCCAAUGGUAACCUUGUCAUCCAUCUUGGAGUCUAUCAUCAAUGACAUGAGAGAUCUUCCAAAUACCUACCCUUUCCACACUCCAGUCAAUGCAAAGGUUGUGAAGGACUACUACAAAAUCAUCACUCGACCAAUGGACUUACAGACACUCCGUGAAAAUGUACGUAAACGCCUCUACCCAUCUCGGGAAGAGUUCAGAGAACAUUUGGAGCUGAUUGUGAAAAACAGUGCAACCUACAAUGGCCCGAAGCACUCAUUGACUCAGAUCUCUCAGUCCAUGCUGGAUCUCUGUGAUGAAAAACUCAAAGAGAAAGAAGACAAAUUGGCUCGUUUAGAGAAAGCUAUCAACCCCUUGCUGGAUGACGAUGACCAAGUGGCAUUUUCUUUCAUUCUGGACAAUAUCGUCACCCAGAAAAUGAUGGCAGUUCCAGAUUCUUGGCCAUUUCAUCACCCAGUUAAUAAGAAGUUUGUUCCAGAUUAUUACAAAGUGAUUGUCAGUCCAAUGGAUUUAGAGACUAUACGUAAGAAUAUCUCCAAGCACAAGUACCAGAGUCGGGAGAGCUUUCUAGAUGAUGUCAACCUUAUUCUGGCCAACAGUGUUAAGUAUAAUGGGCCCGAAAGUCAGUAUACUAAGACUGCCCAGGAAAUUGUGAAUGUCUGUUACCAGACACUGACUGAGUAUGAUGAGCAUUUGACUCAACUUGAGAAGGAUAUUUGUACAGCUAAGGAGGCAGCUUUGGAAGAAGCAGAAUUAGAAAGCUUGGAUCCCAUGACCCCAGGGCCUUACACACCUCAGCCUCCUGAUUUGUAUGACACCAACACCUCCCUCAGUAUGUCUCGGGAUGCCUCUGUGUUUCAAGAUGAGAGCAAUAUGUCUGUCCUGGACAUUCCCACCGCCACUCCAGAAAAGCAGGUGACGCAGAUGCGCCAGGGCCGAGGUAGGCUGGGCGAGGAAGACUCUGAUGUAGAUAUUGAAGGGUAUGAUGAUGAGGAGGAGGAUGGGAAACCUAAGACUCCAGCCCCAGAAGGUGAAGAUGCAGACGGUGAUCUUGCAGAUGAAGAGGAAGGAACUGUGCAGCAGCCUCAAGCCAGUGUCCUGUAUGAGGAUUUGCUUAUGUCUGAAGGAGAAGAUGAUGAGGAAGAUGCCGGCAGUGACGAAGAAGGAGAUAAUCCUUUCUCCGCUAUCCAGCUGAGUGAAAGCGGAAGUGACUCUGAUGUGGGGUCCGGCGGGAUAAGACCCAAACAGCCCCGCAUGCUUCAGGAGAACACAAGGAUGGGCAUGGAGAACGAAGAAAGCAUGAUGUCCUAUGACGGAGACGGUGGGGAGGCUUCUCAUGGUUUGGAGGAUAGCAACAUCAGUUACGGGAGCUAUGAGGAGCCUGAUCCCAAGUCGAACACCCAAGACACAAGCUUCAGCAGCAUCGGUGGGUAUGAGGUAUCAGAGGAGGAAGAAGAUGAGGAAGAAGAGCAGCGCUCUGGGCCGAGCGUACUGAGCCAGGUCCACCUGUCAGAGGACGAGGAGGACAGUGAGGAUUUCCACUCCAUUGCUGGGGACAGUGACUUGGACUCUGAUGAAUGAGGCUUCCUUCGGGCCUUCUUGGUCAGCCUUCCCUGGUCCCCAGCCUAGGCGGUUCACCUUUCCUGAUUUGUUUCUGAUCACCAGAUUAAUUGACUAAGAAACAGUAAAUAAAUUAUAAUAAGUCA